GACACAGAACCCUACUACCACCCAACCCCCACAACCGCGACAUCAGAAGAAGACGACGAGCUCUUCGCCGGCCCCUCGCUCGCCCUCUACGCCUUCGAACCCGAGAACCCCAACGAGCUGCGCCUCGACGAGGGCCAGGAAAUCAUGGUCUCGUACCGGCACGGGCAGGGCUGGCUGGUCGCCUCGGACCCCGCGACGGGUGAGCAGGGCUUGGUGCCCGAGGCGUAUGUCCGGCUU